CAUGGACUCUGAACCCAAACAGAUGGUCUGUUGACUUUCCCUGUUGACGCUGUAAUAGGAAGUCUGUUCUUCAUGAGCUCAAAGUCGUUGUCCUCGCAGACGUGACAGAGCCUUCAGUCACGAUGAGGAGCUCGGUGUUGUUUUGCCUGGCUGUCAGCUUUGCCAUGUUUGGAUUUGGCCUGUCGCUGCAGUGCUACUCCUGCCCCGACGGGCCCUCCAACGGCUGUGAGGUCAAACAGGAGUGUAACCAAGGUGAAGACAGCUGCCUCAAACUCACCAGUGGUGGAAAGACCUACUCGAGCUGUUUGAGGUACGCAGAAUGUGACUUCAUGAUUCUGGCCGUCAGAUAUUCCCUCGCUGACUUUGACUUUGACUGCUGUCAAUCAAAACUCUGCAAUGGCCAAGAAAAAAGCUUCCUUCAGAAAUUUAAGGACUUGUUUGGUUAAAUAAAUACAAACAAAUGUCGAUGCUUCCGACAGUGAACCAUGUUUGACUGAUGAGACACAUAAAUAAACUGAAGGCUCUACUGGUCA